UGCGUUAACUUUACCACCUUGUCUUGAACUUUCUUACUCCAACUUCUCGAAACUUAUAACACCUCAUAAUAUGUCAAGAGACAUUAGUAUACAACAUAUAUAAUGCAAACCAAAAAAUACCUCGUGGGUCUCCAUACGGGAGAAAUAUUCAUGAAUAUUCAUUGCUAUUAGUCCUACCUUUCAGUCUUCUACAAGGGCAAAAGCCCUGCGAGCUGCUCUUAGCAUAUCCUCUCAGUCCACGCUUUUACUUCCAGUUUUGUUCUUUCUUUUAUAUCAUACCUGAAACGCUUUAUUUGCUUUGAUUGCUAUUUCUCUCUCUUCUUUUUUUUUUAUCAGUCCCCAGUGUACUGAAGCAGAGGUCGCUGUCCUUCUUUUCGUUGUUGCCGUCUAAAACCGUUUAGUUUUGGAUGAUCGCUCAGAUGGUGUGGCAGGCAGCGGGGAGAGGCAGCUCGCCCAGCCGGGGAGAGAGCGCACAAGGCCGGACACAGCCAGUGGGCUGCACCGCCCUUACGGACCAUUAGACAGAAGAAAGGCAUGGCUCAGAGACCUGCUCGAUCAGGAACUGAAGCAAGAAUAACUAGAAGAAGUAGAAGAAGAAGCAGCAGCAGCAGAAGAAGAAGAAGUUCUCCAGUGAGCCACCACCGGCUCUGAAGCUCGACACGGACAGCAGCAGUUUUCUAACCCGCAUUGAAACCUGCAUAAUCGAGGCGAGACGGCGACCUCAGUCGAUUAUCUCUCCUUCCUUUGCUAUCCCAUGGAUAUUCACUGCAAAGCAGACCCUUUCACGGCGAUGCACCUCUCCCACAUAGGGCACGGGGGUGUGAACCAGCUCGGAGGGGUGUUUGUGAACGGCAGACCCCUACCUGACGUGGUUCGGCAAAGGAUCGUGGAGCUGGCACACCAAGGGGUCAGGCCGUGUGACAUCUCCAGACAGCUGCGGGUCAGCCAUGGCUGUGUCAGCAAAAUCCUGGGCAGAUACUACGAAACCGGCAGUAUUAAACCUGGAGUUAUUGGAGGUUCCAAACCAAAAGUAGCGACUCCAAAAGUUGUGGAUAAAAUUGCAGAGUAUAAGCGGCAGAACCCCACCAUGUUCGCCUGGGAGAUCAGAGACCGACUACUGGCCGAAGGCGUGUGUGACAACGACACGGUUCCGAGCGUAUCCUCCAUCAACAGGAUAAUACGAACGAAAGUUCAGCAGCCCUUCCAUCCAUCUCCAGACGGAACAGGAACUACCCUCACCACAGCAGGUCAUACUAUAGUGCCUAGCACAGCCUCCCCACCUGUAUCAAGUGCUUCGAAUGACCCGGUGGGCUCUUACUCCAUCAACGGCAUCCUCGGAAUCCCUCGCUCUAAUGGCGAAAAGAGAAAACGUGAUGAUGUUCUCUGGAGUGGCAACCACUUGGAUGGGAGGAAAAUAGGAUAUUAUGGCUCAGAUGGCUCUGGCCCAAACAGUGAUUCUCAGGGUAGUGUGGAGAGUUUACGAAAGCACCUGAGGGCUGAUGCCUUCACUCAGCAGCAGCUGGAGGCUCUGGACCGGGUGUUUGAGCGGCCAUCGUACCCUGACGUCUUCCCAACAUCAGAGCACAUCAAGCCAGAGCAGGCAAAUGAAUACUCACUACCAGCACUGAACCCAGGACUGGACGAGGUCAAGCCCAGCCUAUCCACCAGCGCCAGCUCCGAACUGGGCUCCAGUGUUUCCCAGAGCUACCCAGUAGUGACAGGUCGAGACAUGGCAAGCACUACUCUCCCAGGUUACCCCCCUCACGUCCCCCCCACCGGGCAAGGCAGCUACCCCACUUCAACACUUGCUGGAAUGGUUCCUGGAAGUGAUUUUUCAGGAAAUCCUUACUCCCAUCCACAAUACACAACCUACAAUGAAGCUUGGAGGUUCAGCAACCCUGCACUAUUAAGUUCCCCUUAUUAUUAUAGUGCCGCGUCCCGGGGCUCGGCCCCUCCCACUGCUGCCACUGCCUAUGACCGCCACUAGUUACCAUGGCAACCACGUCACUCUAAAACAACACAACCAUGACCAACGUAUCGCACCAGUGUGAACAGUGUUACGGUCCAGCGUGGCCAUUCAGCGUGGCUCCCACCAUCUUUGCAGGGUCAGACUGAGAUAAGGAGGGUCAAGCAGCCGUGAAUUUCCCUCCUGCAUUUAUUCUAUGCCCAGCCACAUUCCCCCCCACCACCAACACCACCGCCACCACUUCAAUCAUCGACGUCUGAGCCCCCUGUUUUUCAACUCUCUGAAGAAUGACUGUAAAAUUUCCAUAAAGACUCUGAAAGAUUAUACAAAAUCUAUAUAUAUAUUAUAAAAUAUAAAACAAGGCGAACCGUGUGAAAAAUACAAUGUUAACAUGUGAUUUUUUUUAUGUUGAUGUUUUUUUGUUUCUUUUUUUUUCCAUCAGUCAUUGCAUUCCUUUACAUACUGUAACAUUUUGGAUUGUCCUUUGCCAGUGUCUAAACCUCUCAUGGACAGAUUAGUUAGGCAAGAGGUGCAGCAAGAAGAGCUUUGUGGAUGAACGCAUCAGCUCAAAAGCCCUCUAUCAUAAAGACCAGUUUAAUAAUGUUUGUGACAGUAUAAAAAGGCUUACAUCAUGUUCUGUGAAACACAAUCAUUUGUAAAAAAAAAAAAAAAAAAAAAAAGGCUGAAUAGUAAGAAUAAAAACGGUAAAAAAUGGCCUGAAAAUAAAUUAAUUUCUUGAGUUCAGAUUUUUACAGGGUUUUUUUUUUUGUUACAAUUUCUCAUUUUUUGUUUCAUAUCAAAGAUUAUGACAGGCUUCUGUUCAGGUGCUACAUCAUAACCAACAUCAUGCUUUGCUCCUUUUUGCACUAUUUAAUUACAAAAAAAAGUUACUAAUGAGGUCCAUGAGCAAGCAAAAUAUGUCCAAUGGUGUGUAAAAAUAUAAAAAAAUCCAUUCUAUACUGGACAAAACAGAAAACAUUCUGACACCUUUAACUAUUGCUUCAACUCAUGUAACCUGUUUAUUGUGUUUAUUAUGUUCAUGUUUUAUGAAUGUUAAAACAAAGCAAUCGUCUGCUCUUUUGUCAUAUUACUGGGCCAUUGCCAUCUGUACUAAACAGUCACAAUUAAAUUAUUUUUUAUAACUGUUUUUUUUUUUUUUUUUUUUUAAACCUACUGAUCAUGUUUAGCAGAACAUUGAUCUCUACUCUAAUGUCAACAUAAGGUCCUAGAGCUGCCUUACAACAAAGUUUUGGGUGAAAACUGGCUCCAGUCCUGAGAGGUAGAUAUGCAAAUAAGACAGCUAUUGUGUUCUAGAACAAUGUUUCUAGAUAAGAGAUUUAAAAUCCGUGGAAAAGAGAAAAACAUCCAUUCCAUCAUCUCCUGAAAAUGUAAAGUGAAUGUACUUUUACCACAUUUGCCAAAGAUUUAGUUUGAUAUUUAAUAUUUUAUUUGCAGUAUCUGUAUGCAUUAUUAAAGCAGUAUUAUGUUUUAAUAGUAGUCAACACUGAUUCUAUGUGGUAAUGUUAAACAAAACACCAAGCUCCAUCAAAUGCACAUUACAGUGUACACACACAAAAAUAUACACACACACACACACACACACACACACACACACACACACAUACACACACACACACAGAGGUGUAUUCCGUUAGUUAAUGUCGUCAUUUGCAACAAAAUUGCUGCUUUGUAGAAUUUGUGUAUAAUGUGAAGACAAUUCUUCAGUGUAUAUAAGAUCAUCUACAUCUGACCAUUGCAGUAUCGUAGUAAUUUACUGAUUUCAUUUGUAGAUAUGCAAAUUGAAAGGAAAAAAAAAAGAUUACAUACAUUUGUGUCUUAGGUGUUGUGCUUGGAACAAAAGUGCAACAAAAAAACUUAAACCUGUCAAUUAUUACUGUGGGUUUCAAAUGCUACCCAUCACAUGUAUGACUGGUUGUAUGUUUGGUUCAGUUUUUCCUGACUUGUUCAUAUUUUUUUAAGUCGCUAUGCAAAUGAAGUAAAUGGCUUUCUGUAUUCUCUUUUACUUCUGUGUUUAAUUUUCCAUCUAAUUCCAGAUGAUCCAUCCAUCUCUUAUUAAUGCUGACCCUGUACAAAAUACAGUUACGGUUUAUUUAUAUAUGCCUGGUUUUGUGGGCCGUUUUUCCACAAGAUGUCCAACUAUGAUCUUUGCUUUGUGGUUUAAAAUGCAGCAAAGUACAGCCUGUGAUUCAACAUAUUUGAGCUCAUUGACCUGGAGGUGACUAUGUCAUAGCAGCAUGGAGAAUACACACACAGAAUCUAAUAUACACAUACAUACACAGAGACACUAAAACACAUAACAUUAUGGCAACAGAGACAAUAGCGAAUACAAAUAAAAUUGUGAAUGUUACAAUUAAAAAAAAUUUCAUUUCACUUAGAAUGAAAACAUUUUUGUCCUAUUCAUUGCACCCAAUAUUUUUUUUGUUGCCUUUUUUAAAGACAGAAAAGAUCUGCAUCAGCAGAGCCAGGCAGAGGGCAUGGUGUUUCUACUGUUGUUAAGAUGAUGCAUCAUGGACAUUACAAUUUCUGAUGGAAACCUAUAACUGAAGCCAUGUGGCCUCAAUCGUUGCUCAGAUCCACUUCUGUCUGAAUCCUUUUUUUGUGCACAUGAGAAUAAAUUUUUGUAUGUCAA